CUGGAGCAGCAGCAGCGGCGCAGUUAGAGCGGAGCCGAGCGGCAGCGGCGGAGCAGGGUUACCCUCCCUGCUGCUGCUGCCCCUUGCCCGUCGACAUGGAAGUAGCGGCCGCGUCUCAGGCCGACAUCGACCCGGAUUUCGAACCCCAAAGCCGGCCGCGAUCAUGCACCUGGCCGCUGCCCCGGCCGGAGGUACUGGAGGGAGAAGGGAACGGGCCGGGCGGCGACUGUCCCCCGGCGGCGGCGGCGGCGGCAACGGCUCCGGGCGGGGUCCCGGCUGAAGCCCGGGUUGGAGCCGCCUCGCAGGCAGCGCUGGGCGGCGCCGACAACAGCCAACACCGCAAGAAAUCAUCGCGCAGGAACGCGUGGGGGAACCUGUCUUAUGCCGACCUGAUCACCAGAGCCAUCGAGAGCUCCCCGGACAAGAGGCUCACCCUCUCACAGAUAUACGACUGGAUGGUCCGGCACAUACCCUACUUCAAGGAUAAAGGAGACAGUAACAGCUCAGCGGGAUGGAAGAACUCGAUCCGGCACAACCUGUCGCUCCACAGCCGCUUCAUCCGAGUGCAGAACGAGGGGACGGGCAAGAGCUCCUGGUGGAUGCUGAACCCGGACGUGAGCAAGAGCGGCAAGUCACCGCGGAGACGUGCCGCAUCCAUGGACAGCAGCAGCAGCAGCAAGUUCCUGAAGAGCAAGCGGGGGGCGAGCAAGAAGAAGGCCAGCCUGCAGGCGGGGCAGGAGGGCAGCGAAGGCAGUAGCCCCUCGGGCCAGCUGGCCAAGUGGUCUGGCAGCCCCGCCUCGCUGCACGCCAGCGAUGAGUUUGAUGUGUGGACUGAGUUCAGGUCUAGGGCCAACUCUGCGGCCAGCACCCUGAGUGGCCGCCUCUCGCCCAUCAUGGCCAACUCGGAGAUGGAUGAGCUAGAGGAUGAUGAGGAGGAGACCCCCUCCUCCCCACUCCUCUACCCCAGCCCCUCCAGCACCUUGUCCCCCUCCGUGGCCACAACACACAACUGCUCGGCCGAACUGCCCAGGCUGGCCGACAUGGCGGGGACCAUCAACCUGAACGAGGCAUUGACCGAGAACCUGCUGGAGGAGUUACAGGACAAGUACAACAUGAGCCCGGCCCAGCACAUCCCCGCUCCCUGCCUCCGCUCCCGGAGUUCCAGCUUCUCCUUCGGGUCCAAGUGUCCAGCGGUGGCCGGAGGCUACAGCCCGGCCCUCUACAGCCCAGCGGCUAUCACUGUGCUCAGACACUCGCCCAUGCAGACUAUCCAGGAGAACAAACAGGUCACAUUCUCCACCAUCAACCACUACGGCAACCGCAUGUUGCAGGAUCUCCUGAGCCCAGAGUCGCUGAGGCACAAGGAGGUGAUGAUGAGCCAGUCCGACCCGCUGAUGCCUCAAGCCCAGAGACACAUGUUGAUGUGCGGGGGAGAGACGUCUCUCUCGCCCUUCAACGCCCAGUCGCCGCGGUUGAUCAACGGCGACCCCUUCCACCGGCCGUUACCGGCGCCCAGCGCUGCCCCCCCUCUCAGUAAUGGUGCCUUAGCCAGCAGCAGCAGCAGCCCCACCGGCCUCAUGCACAUGCACUCCGACACUGGCCACCUCGCCAUCACAGCCCACCACCUCCACAGCCAGCUCCACUCGCUCGCCAGCCACGGCCUGCAGAUGGACGGCACGGACUCGCGACUUGCGCACUGCCACGCGGCACAUCACCACCUGCCCACCGCCGGCCACGACAGGUUCCCCGCCGACCUGGACCUGGACAUGUUCCACGGCAGCCUCGACUGCGACGUGGAGUCCAUCAUCCUCAACGAGUUCAUGGAGAACGAAGAGCUGGACUUCAACUUUGACUGUGCCUUGCCCACCCAGACCGCCGGCAUUAACAUGGUCUCCUCCCUUCCCACCGCCCCACAGACCAGCAACCAGUCCUGGGUGCCCGGCUGACCCCCCCCCCCCCCCACCCCUCCCCACCCACGGGGUCUCUUCAGCCAUGUGUGAUGAAAGUUUUAGUUCCACAACAAAAACCUCCAAGAUCAGACCAAAUUAACGCCUGGUUUCUUGAGGAAAAACACGGCCUUGAAAACAGAGAGAUCCCUCUUGCUUCCUCUACCCUAGUCUUGCUGUCAAAACUAGGGCAAUAUUGUGUUUCUCAGCGAACAGGUCUGGUGCAACAACUGAAGUGAAAUCAUAUUCACUAAGCAGCAAAUCUAAGGCCACAGUGGGAUUAGGCCAUUCGGCCCAUCAAGUCUACUCCGCCGUUCAAUCAUGGCUGGUCUAUCUCUCCCUCUCAGCCCCAUUCUCCUGCCUUCUCCCCAUAACCCCUGAUACUCGUACUAAUCAAGAAAGAGUCUAGGCAACUAGUGAUGUAGCCGGUGUGGCCUCUUCAAAACAAAGUAGGUUCAAUAAUACCUGAAUUUUUAAUCACAGUUUUCUGUUCAAAGUAUUCCUUCUUAAUAGCUCUACACCUGGAGAAGUCUCUGAGUUUAAUCCUUAACAUUUUAAAUAAACGACAGUGUGGGUGAUACACUGGGGUUUCCUCAUUGCUCUUUAUGCAUCUCGUGACAAAGCUAAUUCUAUUCUCAUAAGAGAAUAUCUCAUUCUCAAAAAGGAUAGGAGCAGAAUUAGGCCAUUCAGCCCAUCAAGUCUAUUCUGGAGAAACUCAGUGGGU